AGCGUUUCCACAUUAUGAGUCACUUGGAGCACAACGGAAAAGCACCUUCACCCGCCUUGGCUGUUUACUGAAGGUUUUCAAACCACUGCCACCAGGCCUCCACCAGGCACCGCCGUAUGUGUUCUCAUUGCCCUUGAUCAUUCUCAGGAAACCCAAGGAUGAAGUGGAGACGCCGGCUCUCAAGCUCAGACCUCUCCAUGGAGGACCGCCGCGCUCACAAGCACAUCAAACAUUGCCCAAGAGACCAAAACGGUUACAGAACAAGCGAAAGCAACAUGGUCUCACGUGGUAGCAAUCACUAUGAUCGCUCUCAAAAGAGCUCCUAUCUGUACGAUGGCGAUGUCGAGUCAGAUGCGGAUGAGAGACACUCGCGCAGAAAGGACAAGGCUGUUGUCUACCGCCAACUGAAGGAGAUUGAGAGGGUCCAGCGUCAAGUUGCACCCUCAGGCCUGUCUUCAGAGCAGGAAAUACACGUCCAUUACGUCCCCAUCAUUAGCAACUCGCCCACCAACCCCUUUCGCUUCCAUGGUCUGUCGCCGUCACUCGCCAACAAACACGAGAUCCCCCAUGCCGACAAGAACACGACCCAGCGUUCGACCAUGUCACACAGUAGCAGAGGUGAGCAAGCUCGCUCUCCCACCCUGGACAGUUCUCACAAGCACUCCACAACGCGGUCAAAACACGGCCACGAGAAGCGCGGCAAGCACGGCAAGAAAGCGGACCCAUACCUCGAGCCACUGAAGCAGCGAUGGAUCUGCUACGAGUGUGGCAAGAUCAGGUCUGACAAGAUCCGAGAGCGGCACCCGCUUGCUGUCGACCAGAAGAUGCAGCCCAAUUGGUGCGGGCGCUGUCGCAUUACCCACGAAUGUGAGGGCAAGCCACUUGCCUGGUACGGCCAGCGCCACUACUGCUGGGGAUGUGGCAUCGUCCGGUCCGAGAAGUAUCAUCGCGAAAACGUGCUCGAGCCGGACCAGCCCUCAGGGCCCAACUACUGCAGACCCUGUCGAGAGGCAUCGCCAGGCUACGAGCAUAAUCUUCGUGAGGCAAGUGAGAUUGGCGGCGAGACUACUGGUUACGACAAGGCAUUCAUGCGCCAGGUGCACGACGCCAGCCUUAGUGACAUCGCGGAGGACAAGGACAACCGUUCCAGCGCGCCCAAGGAACGCGCACCCGGAAAGGAGAACGAUGCGCGCCAGGGCCUUCUAAAGUCUAGGGAGGCCACCAGCUCGAUGCUCAAGAACCGUUCCUUCAAGACCAAGGCGUCUUCGGAGACCUCCUCUGACAGCAGCGUGGCCAUCGAGAAGCUCGAAGGGAUGCACCUCGAGGGCGGCCAGAAGCUCAAAUUUGGAGCAAAGGCCGGAGAAGGAGGAGCCCGCCUCUCUGCAGUGUCCUCUUACAAACCCCCUUCUGUUGAGUCGGCGUCUGGUUGCAACCCUGCGGUUGGCGGUGAUGUCAAAGCCUGCCACAUUUCCCGCUCCAAAGCCGGGCAUCUCGCUCAAGCCGGCGGGAAUGGGGGCUGCGAGGUGAAGGGCUCUGAUUCUGACACCGCAGACAAGGCUUGCCAGGCACGAAUCAGCUCCGUCUUUCAAGUUCCUCCAAGCGGGCCCGAGACCACAGCCUCGCCUUUGCAGGCCCAGCAGAGCGAUUCUGACAGCAGACCGACCACCUGCGGUACCGACGACUCCGUGGCGUCCCGUGGAUUCCAUUCUGGCACCUCGAGGACAUCGGCCUUGUCCAUGCGCUUUCGCGCCCGCCGCAACCCUGCGGAGACGAGCACCGGGAGUCCCCCAGAGCGGGAGUGUCUCGCUAUGCAUGAGAAUAUUGGUGACGAGUUGCGCUACAAACCUCUCGGCUCCCGCGCCUAUGCCCGGAAUCCUGCCCAAUAUGGCGCCCAGGAAGUCCUUCCACAAGGAACAUCCGGGGGUGAUGCCCAUUUCAGCGGCGUUACAGGCGUCCGCGACGCGUCUGGCUUUCCGGCGCCACCUACCCCUCCCCAUGAGUCCUGCUGGCCACAUGACCAGCAGCCGGACCUCGUACCCGAUCGGUAUAUGAUGAAUGGCUUUGGAUGGGCGGCCCCGACAUCUCCACCGACCGCGCCCAUGAUCCACGGCCACAGCGCGAGCCUGGCUCAACCCGACGGCCAUGGGGCUCACUACGGUGCUGGAUAUUCUGGCUCUAGCUCUGGCCCAGAGUACAGCACCAAGCCGGGCUCCUUCGGCAAUUUCCAUAACGGGUUCAACUCUGCUGCCCACUUCAGCGAUGCCCAUUGCCGUCGUGACUUCUCGGGUGAUUCGUACUACGACAGUGCUGCCGCGCAAGAAUACGAUUACAACAAGUCCUCACAGCCGCGCAGCGGCUUUGCUCAGACACAGCAGAGCUGUCAGUAUGUACAACAGCCUGAGUAUGAUCCAACGUCUCAGUACCGGCCUCAGGCCCAGCACGUACCCCAGGGCCAGUGCGGCUUCCACAACGAGCCCGGAAUCUUGCCCGAGCACAGUGUCAACGGUCUCUCUCGACAGGAUUCAGCUUUCGGAGGAGAUAGCGGCGAGUCUCCUCAAAAGGACUUUGACUUCUCGUUCAUCGGCCAGAGCAGGAGCGGAUGGGCCGCCGGCACCUACGUCCCAACGAACGAAGAGAUCAACGCCUACAUGGAGCGGAACUUCGCGGAUCCGCGGCCGGAGACGGGAACGCCCUGCACCGAGCCACAGUGGGAAAUCUACGAAGACGAGGGCGAGGGCACGGCCCUGGAGCAGCAGGCCAGUGAUGCCCGCCCUGGGACGUAUGCGUGGCGUGACGGCAAGACUUCUGUCCACCAUGUCGGCUCGUCAACCCCCGGCAAUACUGUGACCAUACUCUCGAUCCGCGAGAUCACUAGUGAUGAGGACCUCUCUGCCAAGCCCGAUGACGAGCGUGGUUGCGAUGAUGAUGACCGCCACAGCGAUGCUUUUUCGUCCCUUACUGCCUUCCAGAUAGGCUGAAGACUAUUUUUCGUGUGUUGGUCAAACUCUAACCACGCGGCCUGUACAAUCGGUUGAUUGAUCGUUUCUACAACCUGGACAACUCUCUUGCUGUACGCCAGCAGCGCUCAUGUCUCAGGGGAAAGCCCUGUGCUUUCUGUCCGAAAAGGACAAACUUCUAAGAUGCUCACGACCAUGAACAGCAACACAAGAACGUGCUUUUGUAUCAUAUUGCCAACCACAAGACCUUGCCAUUAAUUCGACUUCCAACAGAAGAGAAAUGGUCUGUCAUACCGGCCAGUCGAUUCCAGCAUCGGUGUCGCUGCUUGUGGAGAUUUCGGGGUCCUCAAACUCCUUUCGUCUCUCCUGUCUUUACCACUGGUCGUCCGCUUUCUUCUCCAUCGAUGACUGUCGAGCAUUAGGAGUUCCUGCGCCUGAGAGCUCGCGACAAAUAAAGGGGGGCAGCGGGUGGCAUUUACGAUUGUGCGAGCAACCGCUCGAGGGCUACUUGGUCGAAAUAAGGCUGGUGCUGCGCUGAAGGACA